AUAUGGCAACCCGUGCAGCUGCGGGAAAACGCAGUGUUCACCGGUGGCUGGUUUUGUAAGACGUUGCUCUGUUCAAGUGCACCCAAAUCUAUGACCAGGUAAGAAGAAAGGGUGAGUGAUACAAGGUGUCAUCGUGGACUACUGUAUUGCUCGUAAACCAAUCGUGUGUGAAGUGCCUCCGCCGUCGUCACGACACAUGGCUCUCCAUCCCUCGCAACGACGAUGGACGUGUUUAGUCGACGCAAAUAGUAUCCGGAUGAGCCAAUUAAUCUCCUACUGGUAAAUUCAGUAAUAUUCCGCAGUGUUUCGCCACACUAGCACGCGUUCGGAUGCCUUCUGACACAUUAGAACAUAAAUCGUGGUGAACCUAUGCGUGGACUAUUAAGCAAACACGUCGGAAUACUGUAUUGGCGAUAACACGUCGUCAGUGGAUGGGAAAUGCUCGUUUACUAAGUGUAAGUGAAUGCCACAUCGAGCAUCAAGGAGAAUGGGGGCGGUCCAGUGACGUAUGACCGCAUUAACCUCCCCGACCAGACCUUGACGGAGUUUUUCGCCAGCGCAGGAAGCUGGUUGAAACGUGAUCUUUGGAAUUCUGAUGGUUUCACUUCGUCCGAGGUUCAACUCAAGGUUAAAUUAGACGCAGUUUGUCACAAACAGAAGUGGGCCCUGUUUCCAAAGAGGAGAACAGUCACUUGUUUGCCAGUCUCUGACAAUUGCAUGUGGAGUGACUUUCCAACAAUGGUUGGCUGGGACAGCAGACCAUCAGCCUGGAAUAUUGUACUGGUUUGUUUUCAACCAAUGGGCUAAAAACCCAGCUACUGAAGCUCUCAAGUGACAGACUCAAGCCAAAUAAAUGGGAGAGUUGUGACAGAGCAUCAUACGACAGAGUAACCUUGAGCUAGUUGGAGUCAAUCGCAUUUCACAAGAUCCCCAUUAACACUGCCUUUCCUCAUAAUUGGGACAUCCAAGGCAUAACAGUCAAGCUCUCUGGCUACCACAAUGGGUGAUGUGCCAUCUUUAACAUUGUGAUCACCCCCAAAGGUCUCUUUGACGACCUCCUAGCCCCAGACUCACCACAACAAGCCUACCUUCAGAGUCAUCAUGAGGGGAGUCGUCCAGAUGCACUUUACCACGGUGGACUACGUCAUCUUUGCAUUGCUGCUGAUGGCCUCAGCUGGUAUCGGCUUAUAUUAUGCCUUCUCUGGUGGACGUCAGCGUACAACACAGGAGUUCCUGAUGGCUGACCGCUCAAUGAGCUGGCUGCCUGUAUCUCUGUCACUGCUCGCGACUUUCCAGUCAGCUGUGGCGAUUCUGGGCGCACCGUCUGAAGUGUACACGUUCGGGACACAGUACUGGUUUCUGGGCUGCUCGUACUUCCUGGGACUCCUUAUACCAGCUCAUGUUUUCAUACCAGUCUUCUACAGGCUGCGGCUUUCCAGCGCAUACGAGUAUCUGGAACUGCGUUUCAACAAGACAGUCCGCAUAUGUGGGACUCUGACCUUCAUCUUUCAGAUGGUCGUUUAUAUGGGGGUGGUCCUUUAUGCGCCAGCUUUGGCUCUUAAUGCAGUCACUGGUUUUGACUUAUGGGGAGCAGUGCUCGCCAUGGGACUUGUGUGCACUCUCUAUACCUCUCUGGGGGGCCUAAAGGCGGUGAUGUGGACCGAUGUCUUCCAGACAGUGGUAAUGUUUGCAGGGCAGCUGGCUGUUAUCAUUGUAGGGGCACAUCAGGCAGGGGGGAUUGCAGAGGUCUGGAGGAAAGCGGUGAACGGCAGCCGCAUUGCAGGACUUGACCUAAACCCAGAUCCUUUGGAGCGCCACACCUUCUGGACGUUGGGUGUGGGCGGAAUCUUCCUGAUGCUGGCUCUAUAUGGGGUCAACCAGGCCCAAGUCCAGAGAUAUCUCAGUUCCCGCACUGAGAAAGAGGCUAUCAUGUCGUGCUACGUGGUUUUUCCAUGCCAGCAGAUCGUCCUGUGUUUGGGUUGUCUGAUGGGGCUGGUUAUGUUUGCUCGCUAUGGCGAGGACAGCCCUCUAGAUAAGGGCUAUGUCAAAACAAAUGAUCAGAUGGUGUUAUAUUUUGUGAUGGACGUAUUCAAGGAUCUGCCUGGCCUCGCAGGCCUGUUUGUGGCCUGUCUCUUCAGCGGAGCGCUCAGCACCAUCUCUUCAGCCUUCAACUCCCUGGCAACAGUAACCAUGGAGGACCUAAUUAAACCUCAUUUUCCCAACAUGACUGAGUCUAAAGCCACGCUGCUGUCCAAAGGACUUGCUCUGGCCUAUGGCUUGUUAUGUCUGGCCAUGGCCUACCUCGCCUCAAUAAUGGGAUCUGUGUUGCAGGCAGCCUUGAGCAUCUUUGGGAUGGUGGGUGGUCCCCUGCUGGGCCUCUUUUGCCUGGGAAUGUUCUUCCCUUGGGCAAACUCUAUUGGAGCAUUGGUUGGAUUAGCAGCAGGCCUUGCCAUGGCCUUCUGGAUUGGCAUCGGCAGUUUUGUAAUGCGUAUGCCUGGUCCAAGUGCUGUGCCGCCACUUAGUACCGUCACGCCACCCCCAUUUGAGAACAUAUCUACUACAGUCAUGACUUCGUUGGUCAAUGCUACUACAACCAAACCUAGGCCAACAGGUGUCGACGCACUCUAUUCGUUGUCCUACAUGUGGUACAGCGCUCACAAUUCCACCACUGUGGUUGUCGUGGGACUCCUCGUCAGCCUGCUUACAGGACCAACGAAGGAGAAGCAACUGACCCCCGGAACAGUGUACCCAGUCUUGGGGAAUCUGCUGUUCUUCCUGCCUCAACGCUACCGAGAGAAGCUCUGCUGCGUCACUCCUCUAGCGCAAAAGCCUAACGAAAUCCACGCGCGGCCUUACGAGAGGGCCAAGAAAGGCGCCAACGGAGCAGCUUGCCGCAAAGAGGACACGGUCACCGAGGACAAAGAAAUGGAGAGCGACGGCGUGCCGACCGAAGACGAGGAAAGCAGGCCAGCUCUGCCGUCAUGCGAGCUGACCGCUCACUGCGUCGAGGAAACGGCCCUCUAGAACUCCUUUUCACUUCAACUUGUCCUUAAGAGGAAAACUCUGACUGAGUAAAGCGUGAGCAGUAGUGGGCUCCUGUAAUAAUGUAGCUCAUGAGCGCUGGUAACUUGCGGGAGAAUACUGUCAAACUGGUCCAGUGCUGCCUUGAGAUACAUGUGCCCUGACGCACGGCGUUUGACCCAAGGUUUUGUCUUGAGAUGGGAGCAACAUUUUAGAUACGUGUGCUUUCAGACCCCGCCCACCGCUAGAGGGCGGCAGCACACUUCUUAACAUCCAGCCACCAUCGAUUCACAUUGGUUUCCUUGCACUGGAAGGACUACAGCCGUUGGUGGCAGUAAGCUGGUUUGCAACAGGGCACAUUCGACGUGUAUCUCAAGGCACCACUGGACCAUUUUUAAAUUUUAUUUUUUUGGGAAAUCUUGAAACGUACGACUAUAAAGCAGCACCGCCCAGGAGUUGGAAAGGAAUACAUUUCUGAUUGAUACUUAAAUCUAAUCAAAGGAGCACAAGUAGCUGUUCUGACUUCAAGCCAGGUAACAAGCAGAGAAAUGUCCCAUUGUCACUUCCUCUAGAGAAAAUGCAACUAUGUACAAGAGAAAUGUUGUAUGCGAGUAGAAAAUGACACUGAACCAAAACAAAAGCUUUCGUCCUUGUGCUGUGGAGUGUCCUUACGUGACCUUGGUUUACUACGCGAAUGUUUACCUGCUAAUCUAGAUGUGCGUCGGUCAAUGUCUCGUACCUGACAGUCCAGUCUGUGUGGUCCGAUCCGUGCAAAAUCGGACAAAAACGCUUCAUCUUGAGCUGACGGUUUGUUUUGGUUUUGUUUUACAGUGGGCUCAAAGGUACUCGGCACGAGAGGGUCUCGUGUGUCUUAUUUGCAACCAUCCUCUGCGACCUGGAACUCGAGCUCACGCCGCCGCAUUCCCAUCGUGUCUUAAAAGGUGAUUUAACCAGUCGUCCGCCGUUGCCGCCAUUGAAACCGCAUCCCCAUAAAAUGCCUACUCGCAGCGGAGGACAUCUAAUAUCUCAAAACGACGUGCGGGUGAUUCCGUUGACUCCUUUCUUGCGAGUCUGGCGGGGCGAGCUCAGACGAACGGAGGACCGACGACAUAGGAGGUUGCAAAUAAAGACGUUUGAUGAAGCGAUACUUUAGCGCUGCUGUUUACUCACGCACUUUCCACAGUUUGAAUUGAAUACUUAGCUUUGCCGUGGUCAGCUGAGAGGAUGACAUGACACGAAGGACGUGCCCACAGAAAACAUAUUUAGCUAAUUAGAGAAAUUGCUCUUCUGUUAGUGGUCACGGACCUUAUAGAAGAACUAUUAGUGCCGCACAAACAUUUUUGGCCAUUUUCAGUCCCAUCGAAUCGCAUUUUUACGGCACGGUGUGUUCUCACUUUAAGACGAAUGUGUCAAUAUUAUUUAGAAUGAAAGGAAAUUUGGCACCAUACCAAGGCAGACUUUCUGGAAAGGGAUCGAUAUCAAAACAUAAUUGAAUUGAUUUAACUUGCUACGCUUGGUACGGGAGCUAAAUAGCUGCAGCCUCCCCUGUCCAGCCAUUGCUGGUCAGGAUGGUUGUUUCGAUACCGUUGUGUCCAUUUGGCUAUAAAUAAUUAUAAAUAUAAUAAUAAAUAUAAUUUCACCUAAUAACAAUUGAGUUGAUUUUAUGCGUGCAUUUCUUUCAACUACGUAUUGGAGACCGCCGCAAAGUUAGUUAGCAGUGCCUCCUUUGGCCAUCACAUGCUGUCGUCUCUCUUCAUUUUAAGGGAAGAGAAUUUCGGGUUAUUUUUAACACAACGGCCCUGAACGAAGAAGACCUGUUCAAAUGUGUUGUAACUAUGUUGUAAACUAUCAUUGCCAAUGUAUGACUAAUUGGAGUCAUGUCUCUUGUUGUUGUUGUUGUUGUUGUUGUUUUGAUCUCAGCUGUUGUGUUAUCACCGUUGUUUUUUUUUUUUUUUUUUUUUUUUUUUUUUUGGAAUCUUAAGAAUUCUUGCCCAUCCCAUACUAACUCCGCCAAUCCAUUGUCUUUAGUUUGCAAUGAGUUUUAUCAAGACGUGAUAAACUCCACGGCCGUGUUCAGUCGCAUGGCUUCCCAGCGGUUUGUUGCAAGACUGCAGUCUGACCUGACACUUCCCCUUAAGCGAGACGUAAGCCUUCGAAAUGUUGCUUUGCAAUGGGAGCCAAAAAAGAGAAGACUCUAUGUCUAAGUUGCCUUACACAUGCUCCUGUUUGGAUGAAACUGGGGUUUUUCAACCGCAGCUCGGACAAUCAAGGUCACAAAGCCAAUAGCAGAUUAGCAUAUCUCAGUUUUGUACAAGGAUUUGACUUGAGCUCGCCGGUUAGACCUUUUGAAGCCACGCAAAUGUUUGUUUUGUCCUCCUGAAAUACCUCAAUUUGUCCAAUGCAUAUAGAAUAUAAUGUUUGUUUAUGCCUAUUCUAUUAGAUUUCUGCUAAUAGAGAAUCUAUUUCAGAUCAUUGUUUGUAUAUUUUUAUAAUUUCACAUUGAGCCUCCACACAUUUCACUAGAAAUGUGGAAUUCUAUAUGCAAUAACGCUUUGUAAUUUUUUUUUUUUUUUUUUUUUUUUUUGGUGAAUGACAGGCAGAAUUGGGAAUGUAGCAAUAUGUUAAAACAGCAUUUGUGAAAUUUCGUUGCUUUUGUUUGUUUUCACAGCGCGACAUCCCCACAUUCAGGCUGCGACAUUCAUAUUUUUGUGUGAUGUAUUUCAACAGAUCACGUGUAUGUGAUAAAUCUUUUUAUGAUUGCAUUAUUGCAGAUCCUUCAUAGUACCUGAAAUUACUUGAAGUGUAUGUGCCUGUAAUGUUACCUUAAUGAUACAUGAAUAAAUCCCCUUUUACACUGUGAGAAAAGCAAACUGAAGCACUAAAAUUUGCUGAUUUUAUUUAUGAUUUUUGUUAAGAUUCCUUGGUGAUGCGCUAUUGAAAACCUUAAAAGCACAAUAAGGACUCUGUGGCUGGUACUCUUACUCAGCCUUAACUGAUGUGAGGGCAUCACCUGGUUAAAAAAAAAAUUACAAAUAAAAAAAUCAGCGGACACUCCUUAAAGUCCAAAUUUCGAUAAAAGAUUCAUAGUCAAUUACAGGCUAGAAACACAUGGCACUUAGUAAUUUCUGCCUUUUAAUAAAUAUUGUUCACAGCAAUAUUUAUUUGUCGCAUCUCAGAAGAGUUCAAACUUAUGCAUUCCAAAAAAAAAAAAAAAAUUAUAAUAAUAAUAAAAGAAAUCCCUCCAUGUCGAGCUGAUUUGUCAACUUUGGAUGUGCCUUUAUUUUCUCGUAACAUCUCAUUUGUUGUGUAUGUCAGAUGAUUUCACGAUUCAAACAAUAUAAAAAGAUGGUGUACCUGUUGAUUCAGUGGCUAUUUGAAAUCUUGUUGACCAUGUUUUAAAAAAAAAAAAAUGUCACUCUUCAUCGGAUGUAUGUAACAAUAGAUGUUUGUUUUAUUUACUUGAAAUAUUAAAUUGAUUUUAAGGUCCACAACAUCCCGUCUGUGCUUC